UUACCCCCAUUGCCCUGAGCCAACCAGGUGACAGCUAAGCAUUUUUCCCACAACAAACCACCUCUUACACCAUACAAACUGCAUCAGAUGAGAAGAUCCUCCCUGCCUUGGACACGUCUCUGACUCAGACUCUGAGAUGUUAUACUAAAGCAUCAGAAUUUACUGUUAACGAAGGCUAAUUUUGAAUUUGGACACAACUGAACUCUUGUAGACUGCACAAUGGUUCAAGGUGUUUCAGAGAUUGCUGCAUUGUGUGUUGGCCUGAUUGGGCUGAUCGGGGCGGCAGCUACUACAGGGAUGCCCAUGUGGAAGGUGACAGCUUUCAUUGGGGAAAACAUAAUUGUGAUGGAAACCCGCUGGGAAGGCUUGUGGAUGAACUGCUUCAGACAGGCCAACAUCAGGAUGCAGUGUAAGGUGUACGACUCCCUGCUGUUCCUGCCUCCGGACUUACAGGCAGCCAGGGGGCUGAUGUGCUGUUCUCUGGCCCUGUCGGGGCUGGGGCUCCUUGUGGCUCUGGCAGGAAUGCGUUGCACAUCCUGUAUUCAGGAUAAUGAUCGGGCUAAGACCAUAAUCUUGACGGUUGCAGGUGGUAUGCAGUUCAUGGCCUGUAUCUGUGUCUUUAUCCCUGUGUCGUGGACAGGUCAUGUCAUCAUUAGAGAUUUUUACAAUCCUUUGCUAAUUGAUGCCCAGAGGAGGGAGCUGGGAGAGGCUCUCUAUAUUGGUUGGGUGACCGGCGCCUUCCUUUUCGCCUCAGCCAUGUUGUUCAUCUGCCGCCGUAUACCCUCAGACAAAGACUCAUUCGAUGUGUACCGCCAAGCCAACUUGCUCAGUUACAAGCCAGCACCCAGCAACCCAAAUCUAAUGAGGUAUCACCCCAUGUCGAGUGUUUCCAGCCUUCCAUCUACUGCAUACCAUCCUUCUCUGCAGAACAAUGGCUAUGUUGGACAACAACUUGCGACGCCACUGCAAAACAUCCAGCAAGUAAUGACAAAUGAUGGAGCAUUAAUCAGCCCUCCUGUUGUCUAUAACCCGGGUCUGCCUGAAAAUGCAUCAUUGUUUCAUCAAGGUAGCAUGGCUCACCAUUCCUCCAUGCGGAGUUCUAACCACGUUGGAAGCCUGUAUACACCAGGCAACUCCUUUUACAUAAGCCAAAACACAACGCCAUAUUCACCGGCUUAUAUCGGCAAUCCUACUGCGUCCUACCAGUCCAGUUUUCAUCCGGUUCCACACACUCCUGUUUUUAUAGGAUAUAAAACAUCAAGAAUUCAACCAGAUUCUCACAGUGGGAGCAGUGCUGGUGUAUACAUAUAAACACAAAUCGUGAGUGAGUUUUUAUAGCUGGUUAUACUUUUACAGACACAAAGCACUAUGCUUUUCAUCACAAGCUAAUUUAAACUGCUCUACAUUAGUGGAAAGAUGAAGGUAAAUUGUUUCCUCUGCUUAACAUUAUCCUGAUGCCUAGACUAAAUAGCGUGUUCAUCUUUUUUCUACUAUUAAUCGUGUAGUUUGUAUUGUGCAAAAAACUAAAUAUGGUAUACAGGUUGAACAUUACUGCUGUUGUUGUUGGUGUAAAUAAAGGUGACGUGCUGUUUUCAUG